AUGUCAGGUCUCCUGUAUCCCAGCCCGGAGCCUUCAUCACCGGCUCGUUCUUCUCACCUUAAUGUCACCACUUUGUCAGAUGCUGCGCUGGGGGACUCGGUCCAGUCCAGGGAACCCCACCUCUCUGGAAGAGAAGGAGACGCUGUGACCCUCACUUGUUCUUAUGAUACCAGCUCUACCGGCUACGUCUAUCUCUACUGGUACCGUCAGUUUCCCGGCCAAGCCCCGCAGUACAUUCUCUAUAGAGGAGCGAAGUCCGCCAGCGAGUUGAGUGACACCGCAGGUUUCGCCCAGGAGAGGUUUUCUUCUCAAGCUAAUGACAGCUCCACAGUUCUGAACAUCACAGCCCUGGAGCUGGCGGACACAGCGGUGUAUCUCUGCGCUCUGGAUCACUGUGCGUGGGAGACCAGAGCUCUGACUUUUGGCAAAGGCACUAGGCUUUCUGUUGAGCCCGAAAAUCCAGGGACUUCCAGUCCAUCCGUCUUUGUUGUGAAAUCUGCAAAGACAAGCGAUGGCCAAAAGUUGACGGCGGCUUGUUUAGCUAAGGAUUUCUACCCCAAGGACAUAGAAGUAAGCAUGAGUCAAGAGAGAGACGUUGUAUACAAAUCGAAAGAAGGCAUUCUCUCUUCAAAUGGGAAAUACAGCAUGAUCCAGGUGGUGAAGGUUGAACCGAAUGAAGAAGUGGAGUGCUUUGUUAAACACGGCGAACAAUAUAUUAAUCAAAGGGAGCUUCAAUCAGCUCCCAUCCCGGCCCCAAUCAAUAACACUCAAGUGUGUGAAUCUUCAAAUUCCACUUUCGAAGAGCCAAACAUGGAAAAAGUGAACAUGCUGUCAGUGACUGUGCUGGGUCUGCGAGUUCUGCUUGCCAAAAGCAUCGCCUUCAACAUGCUCAUGACGGUCAAGUUGUUCAUUUUCUGAGGUUGUGACGAGUGAACCAGCAACGGGCUGAGGACAGGAGACAGGGACCAGUGUCAGCGACAGAUUCCCAACUGGUAUAAACCAGUGUAACGCUAUUGGAGUGAGUUGGAACAAAUCCCUAACUGGUGUAAAUGGACUGUAGCGCCUUCGGAGUCAAUGGGUCACAUCCCCAACUGCUGUCAAUCAGCGACUUCAAUACGUCUAUACCAAUUAUCACCUUCUCCGGAUUUGUCCCCAGAUCUUCUUUUCCAUGUUUUUUAUUCAAUUUUUUCUGUUCCCCUUUCCCUUCAUUGCUAGUUAGUUCUGACUCUUAACUGACGUAUCACAAUAUAGUAAGUACUUGUAUUCUUCUUCAGUCUUCUGUUUAGUAGGAAUAUUUAGCGGGAAGUUUCCCUACCACAGUAUUACACUGAGGCUUCCAAAUCUCUUAGGCAGCUUUGCAAAAUCUCAGUUUGAUUUUUUUCACUAUAUAAAAAUACUGUUUUAUUGCUUAGAAAAUCCAUUCAUAGUUGAAGCAUUUUAUCAUUUUAGUGUAGAAAAUUUGCACCAGGUCUGUCACUGGUAUAAAUUGGUACAACUCCAUUGACUUCAACAGAGCUGUGCUGAUAUACACCAGCUGAGGAUGUGGUGACAUAUGUAUUCACAUUAUUUUUAAUAGCUAGUAAUUUCACCUUGGAGAUCUGUGCAUUUAUAUGGAACUGGUGGUUGUAGCUUUCUGUGCUUACUACUGAAAUAAUAAAGGUGAUUGUGUAAAA